GGGCGGAAGGAAACUGAUUCAGUCAGAUUACCCUCGCCGUAUCACAGUUCAUUAUGGCUAUCAAUACUGCAGCUGUUCUCCACAGAACUUCUAGAGGUAUAUCUUAGUUAAUGAACUGAAGUUUGUUUUUAUUUAUUUCAUCAAUCCGAAGUCUUCUGUGCUGCUGCUGUUGUUGUUGUUGUCGUCGUCCAAAAUCUCCAAGUCUUUUAGCUAUCCUUUCACCCAGUCAAAGCUCUUACAAUUAUCAUCAACGCCCCCUCUUCAAACAAGGUCCAUUUGCAUGUGAUAGCCAAUUCAACAACACGUCAAUAUCAGUCUUGUCAGAAUGUCGACCACCAUUUCAACUCCCAGAGCAGAGCAAUUAUUAGCGCCACUAUUGGCAUCUCUACCUGCGGCUUCUGUAUCUCCUCAACCUCCAACGGCGCUGCUUCCUUUACUUUCGCCGAUUUUGCGUCAAAGAGUCCAAAUAUUAUCUUCAACCUCGGACGAGCCAUGGCUGCCAUUACUCUGUUACGAUGAUUCAAAUGUCUCGAAAUUACAACAAGUUAUAAGAAAUGACCGAUUAGAAGCACAUCCUGUUUCUGGUGAGGUUGAGGUUGAUUGGGAGACUGAGGUGGAAAUUCAAUAUCGGCGACUCGAUGAAGAGACCUUACAAGCACUAGUCGUACUUAGAGAUCUUUCUUUGAGUGUACAAAUUGUCUGGUGUGUCGGUGAUGAACUCGGUGGUGGUGAUGGAUGGAGAAUUGGAGAAGUGGGAGCAUACGAAUCUGAAACCCAGGAAGAAUGGGGAAAGAAAGACAUUGCUUCUGCGGAAUCCUUCUUCACAUCGGGAUCUUCGAAAACAUCUACACAGAAAAAUGGCAGUCUUUCAAAUGUCUCGAAAGCGGCUAAAGAUAGCGAGGCAGAGAAUGACGAUGAUGAUGAUUACUGGGCUCAGUACGACAACACGCCCGCUCGUACGCCCGCACCGAAACAUUCUCCUGCACCGCAGUCUAUGCAAAACAUCUCCAAGAGUGCAGAUGACGAAGACUCAUACUACGCACAAUAUGCGGAUGUACAGCCUGCCAUGGAUAGUCAUGAUCCAGACGAGGCAGCACAAAAUGGUACCGUCGAAACAUCUCUCGGUCAAGAUGAUCAAAUAACUUCCACGCUACAACAAAAUCUACAGCAUCACGCAUCAUCUCACGAGGUAAAGCCAUGGUCAGAGUCUAGUAGCGGGAUAAUCAAUGGAGGGGAAUAUGUCGAAGUUGUGCAACCACGACCGGGAAGUAGAACCAGCUCAAGUGCGAGUGAGACAGUUGCAAAACUCGAGAAAAGAGCACAUGCCCGGGAACAGAGCGAGGUUGGCAUCAAACAACAUAUUUCGACAAGUGUAAAAAGUCUAUACAGAUUGGCGAAAGUGGCUGGGAUUGAAAGGUCUGAAUUUGAUAGGUUGAUUCGAACAGAGCUGGAUUGCUUGAGUUUGAUGGAUGAGGACGAGGAUGAUCAGUGAGGAUGCUUGCUCUAAGUUAUGAAUUCAGUAGCAUAUCGGCAUCAGCGAUGGAGUUUUGGCAUCUUCAGUAUGUAGCAUGAAAUGACUGGGAUACUUGUGGAUCAUAUUGAGGGAAUCCAUAGCUAUGAAUUACGCAAUUGGCAAAGAAUUGCAUCUUGCACACAUCGGCACCUACGUGGUGAAUGUUCCAAUCGAUUGCUCAUAGGUUGUAUGCAUUAUAUGAAUAUCUUCAAAUUUGCCCA